UAGCCGAAUCCUUGGAAUAUAACUGAUUAAAAAUGCGAAAUGGACAAGGAUCGGUACGGAUCGGUCCGUAAACAAGGCUUGGAAGGACCAAGUCCUUAGUGCACGUGGCGUGUGAUGGUUGGGUCGGCGAGCAAACGAGUUUGGUAACGCUGGGAAAAAAAUAUUCGCGACCGAAGGCGAUAAAAAAAACAGAGUUGGAGACGAAAAGGCGAUUUCUCUCCAUCUUUGAUCCUCCUCUUCCGUCAUCUUCUUCUGUGGUAGAUUAAAGGAUUAUAACAUUAGUGAUUUCUUGAGACAUUUAUCUCUUGAGGUGUUCAACAAUGGCCGAUCAAUCUCUUCACGCUCCUACCAACCCACAUUUCUUUCAGCCUCUCCUUCCCGGCUUCCACACUCACCUCAGCGUUCCUAUAGCUUUCUUUGCGAAGCAUCUCCAAGAAAGUAACGACCACAUCAAGACGGCUAAACUGAGAACAGAUGCGUCCGCUAAAACCUGGUUAGUGAAGGUAGACGGCUUGAAACUCACAGAUGGGUGGAAAGACUUUGCAGACGGGCAUGACCUGCAGAUUGGUGACAUCAUCAUUUUCAGACAUGAAGGAGAGAUGGUGUUUCAUGUCACAGCUUUCGGACCAAGUUGCUGUGACAUUCAAUAUACUUCAGCAUCAUCUCACAACAUCAAUGAUGAUAGUCAUGAUCAGACGACCAACAAUAAUGGUCACAUUGCUUCUGGCUCACGGAUGAAUUAGGAGAAUGCUCAACUCUUUUCCUUUGUAGGACAUGUCAAGUAUGUGUAACGUCUUUGUUCACUCAAACUUAUGUCGGUGUAAUCUACUCAAACGAAUUUUCAAAUAUGGCUUUGAAGUUUAUGUUCAAGCGUGUGUUAGCUAUGAAACUAUCUCCUUUUGCUUUGCUGGUUAAGAGCUUAAUGACUCUCUUUGUUUCCUUAA